CACUGCAGAUCCUGUCAGCCUGCAUCUGGCACUGUGGCUGCACCCACAUCCCACAUCUACCUCAAGCCUCCGGUCGGGCUGGGCCUGGGUCCUGAGACAUGCCGAGACCUGUAACCAGCAAUCCCUGUGUUUGGGCCGCUUCCUCAAACCAGGAAACUCCAAUGCUUGCCUGAGAAGUCCCUGUGGCCAGGGACGGAGGUACAGCCUAGUGACUGCCCAACAGGGCGGGCCAGGGUGCCCACAGUGACCCAGUGCUGAUGGACCAGACCUGUUGUGCUGCCCACACUUCCAUGCAAAGGAUGGAACCCAGAGCUUCAAACCACCAAUAGCUUAUGGCUGUCCUGUAAAGAAGGUGCCACUUCCCCGGGAGUGGGUCUCUAUGUCCAGAGUUUCGGUUUCCAGAACAAAGGCCAUUCUCUACUGAGCAGCACCUAACAAGAACCCUGCCAGUCAUAGCCUGUUACAGAAGUGGUUGGAAGGAGGCUGGGGGUCGGGCCCCGGCUAAGAGACUACUGCCCAGCCAUUGCAGUAAGCCUUGCCAAAGUCUUACUAGUUAAAAGAGUAAGAAAGUGGGGUGUGGUGACAGCACUCUGAUCUUGGUGAGCUCAAGGCCAGCCUGGCCUACAAAGUAGAUUCCAGAAUAGUCAGCUACAAAGUGAGACCCUGUGUCUAAAAACAAACAAAAAAACAAAAGGCACCAGGAGUUGAGGCCAUCCUGUGCUCCAUACAAUUUAAAGCUGAUUAUAUAGAGCUCAGUGGGUAAAGGCCACCAAGCCUGAGGACAGGAGUUCCAGUCCAGAACCCAUAUGGUUGAAGGAGAUAACUGAUGCCUGCAAGUUGUCCCCUGUGGGAGUUGGGGUGUCAGUUGAGCCAGACCGGAGGUCUACCCCAGCCCCAAAAAAACACCAGAAAAGUGAGCACUGGGGAUCUAAUUCAUCACAUGGCUCUAGGCACCAUCCCCAGAAACGGUAUCUUUGAUGGCAGAGAUGCUUUCUAAAACCACGGAGAGCAGAGUGUGAAGGAGGAGGGGUUGACACUUGUGCAAGGUGGGCGGGGCUUGAGAAGCCUGUCCCCACAGGAAGAGAAAGUGAGGACCCUCUUCCCCUGGGGGCCACAAGUCUUUCACCAAGAUGGAGGUCUAUCAGUUCCUGCUGUUCUUGCUGGCCUUGGAGAAACUGGGGGCAGCAGGCGACACGUUUGAGACCCAAAUCAUUGGGGGUCGAGAGGCAGUCCCGCACUCCCGACCAUACAUGGCCUCUCUCCAGAAAGCCAAGUCCCACGUGUGCGGGGGAGUCCUUGUGCAUUCCAAGUGGGUGUUGACGGCUGCCCACUGCCUUUCUGAGCCGGUAAGGCAGCUGAAGCUGGUACUCGGCCUGCACCGCCUCUACGACCCCCAAGAUCCUGGCCUCACCUUCCACAUCAGGGAAGUCAUUAAGCACCCUGCCUACAACCUCAAUUAUGAAAACGACCUGGCGCUGCUUAAGCUGGACGGGCGGGUGCAGCCCAGCAGAAAUGUCCGACCAUUGGCUCUACCCAGAAAGCCCCGAGCCAGGCCUGCUGAAGGGGCUCGGUGCAGCAUAGCUGGCUGGGGCAUUACCCACCAGAGUGGGCACCUGGCCAGGGUCCUGCAGGAGUUGGAUCUGCGUGUGCUGGACACCCGCAUGUGUAACAACAGCCGCUUCUGGAAUGGCAGUCUCGUGGCCAACAUGCUGUGCUUGAAGGCUGGGUCCAAGAGCCAGGGCCCCUGCAAGGGUGACUCUGGAGGGCCCCUGGUGUGUGGCAAAGGUCAGGUGGCUGGGAUCCUGUCUUUCAGCUCCAGAAACUGCACGGACAUCUUCAAGCCCCCUGUGGCUACUGCUGUGGCCCCCUACAGCUCCUGGAUCAGGAAGGUCAUCCAUCGCUGGCAACCUCAGCCUCUGGCCUAGUGCCCUAGCUGACCAGGACACAUUUACUGGCUGGGCAGGGAAGGGACUGGGUGUGCCUCUGAAAACCAAUAAAUCCUGAUAUGUCUGUGGAACCUA